AGAGCGGCCCCUCGCGCGCUGUCUCCAGGCAACGGCCGCCAACACAGCGGCGGGGCCGGGCCUCGCUCCAGGCCCUGUCACGGCCCCGCCGCCGCCUCAGGGGGGUCGGGACGGGAGCCCCCGGCCCCGGGGCGCCGCAUGGCCGAGCUGCAGGUGGCCGCGCUUCCCCGCGUGGGUGCUGUGGCGGCAGCCGCUCAGCUCCCCGUGACGGAGCGGGACGGUCCCCGGGUCCCCCAGCCCCGGCUGGAGCAGCCGGGGAGCGGCUGUGAGGAUCUGACGCGGGGCCUGAGGGACCUCCCUGCCCCGAAGGGCCGGAGCUGCUCGUCCUGUGUGCCCGCGGAAGGCAGCCAGCACGGCUCCGGGCACGGGGGCUUCUCCUCAGCGGGGCUGCGGGGCAGGCGUGUGACCGGCCGGGCCAGGGCUCUGCCCUCCAAGCCCCCAGCCAGGCGGAAGGAGGGAGUGGACCGCUCGUACCCUCUGCAACCGCUCCUGCACCUCAGCGCUGCGAGCGUGCCCGCAGCCAGCGCGGGACAGCUCGGAAGCUCCCCACGCAUGGAGGAAGCGCCGAGCGGUAGGGCUGGCUCGAAGAGCAAAGGGAAGGCUCCGGCAGGGAGGUCUCAGCCAGCUGCUGUGCUCCCUGCUUGGACAGCAGAGCCUAAGCAGUCGGCCUCCCAUCUGUACAGGAGGGAGCUGGCGUACAUCCUGAGGCUGGAGGCAGACGGACAGAACCUGGAGGAGCAAAUCCGAAAGAAAGAGGCCCUCCUCAGGGAGAAGCUGAGGAGAACAAAAGAGGAGCUCAGGAGGAUCCAAAGAGAGAAGGAGCUCGUGGAGGCAGAGGAGAGAAGAGCCAGAGAUGUGGAGAGGACCCAUGUGCGGAAGGCUGUGAGGCACCCCGAAGAGAAAACUGAACGAGUUACAGCCAGGACGGGCGAUGGGGACUGUAGUGGGGUGCAGUCUGCAGAGGUGUCUGUCCCCAGACCCAGCACCACGCUCCAUCUUCAAGAGCUGGCGAUGGGGAAGCUCAAGAAGGAACGAUUGGUGGCCAGCAACAACAAAAUUCGAGACCGCGUGCCCAUGGAGGGUUUAGCCACCUUUUCAGAGCCGGCCUCAAAGCACAGCCCUCCUCCCUCUGCCCUCCCAGACCACGAUUACAGUGAGCACCUGCCUGCAGAGGUGCUUUACAUGCAGGCUGCCAGCACUGUGGAGCAGGGGGAGCUUGGGCAAUGCAGCUUCUGCGGACGCAAGUUUCUCUGCAGCAGGCUCAAGAAGCACACAAGUAUCUGCAGCAAGAGCCAAGGCUCCAAGAGGAAGGUGUUUGACUCCAGCAAGGCCAGAGCUAGGGGCACGGAGCUGGAGGAGUAUCAGCAGUGGAAGAGCUCAGAGAGGCCUCAGAAUAAGCCACCCAGGAGGAACAACUGGCGGCAGAAGCACGAGGUCUUCAUCCAGACCCUGCGCCAGGCCCGGCAGGCGCAGCAGGUGCUCUCCAAGGGAGGAAAGGUGUCUGACCUGCCGCCGCUGCCCCCCAUUGAAAAUCCAGAUUACGUUGCCUGCCCUUACUGCAGACGCCGCUUUGCGCCCCAGGUAGCCGAGAGACACGUUCCCAAAUGCAAAACCCUCAGGAGCAGGCCCCCAUCCCCCCCGCAGAGGAGACGCUGCUGAGGCAGCAGCCAGCUGUGCCUGCUGCUGCAGCUCCCUGCACACUCGCUCUUGUCCCCAACACCAGCUGCGAGCGGUGCACUGUUAUUUACAGCGAGCAAACGGCUCAGGACACAUAAGCAGAAUAUUAAAGUUUCUGUACUCCGACCUGUGCUGGGCUGUGCCACUUGUGGUCCCCACUGAGGGCCUGCGCCCCCCAUCCAGCGAUCUGAGCAAGAAGACAGUGUAUGUGCAAGGAUAUCACUGCAGAGAAGAAAGGGUGUUGUUAUGAGCUACCGCAGGACAGCAACAAGGAGCAAACCAGCCAUCAGAAAGGGUCUGUUCUUCACAUUUUCUUUUUAUGUAGGCUACCGAGGGUUGGCUCUUUUCUUGAAAAUAGCGGUGUCUGGUGUGGAAAUAGCUGCUCUCCUUUAGCUUAGCAGUGUCUGCACACUGUUAUUUUCCUUCCACAAAAGCAAGAAGUGCUGUGCAUGAGACAAACAGCUGGGCCAAAGAGAGCAUCUGCCUUUCAUUUCAGCGCUCUGUAGAUGCAGCUAAUCGCCCUGAGCAUGCCAGCAGUGACAGGGGGCCUGGCUGCCACACUGUUUCUACUGCAAUUACCUACCAGAGCCGGGUGUGAGGAGGUGCUUAUUUUUGGCCACAGAACAUACCCUACAUUCAAUACUAGCUGGUAUUUAGACAGGGCCUUUGGAAGAGCCCUGCUGAGGGAGGAGAGGGGG